AUGCAUUUCCUCAUCAAUUGCAACCGAUUCAUUCAAGACUUGAAUGUUGCAGUCGUUACAAUCAUUGUGUUGAUAGGUACUAUCUCUAUCAAAUGGAUGUCACGAAAGCACGCAACCCAUUUUGUUGUCGUUGGCAGAAAGACAAGCAAACUUCCAUUUGCUGCCCAGAUUAACUGGUAUAGAAACGGUUCUGCACUUAUACACGACGCGUAUAAGAAGUUUCGAGAUGAGGUCGUCCAACUUCCAGCGACCGACCGCCAGUCUAUUAUUCUUCCUCUGCGGUAUCUAAUAGAAGUUUCAGCGCUUCCUCAUAGUAUUGCAAGUGUUUCACAAGCCACUUCUGAUUUCUUCAUGGGACGAUGGACCACUCUUCAUGUUGGUAUUUUCGGUCGCCCAACGCUAGACGCAAUCCGAUCACAGCACAUUAGCCGCCUUAGCCGCCAGCUUGACGUAGAUUGGCGCCCAAUAGCUGUUCACCCGGCGAUUCUUUCAAUAAUUUCUCAGACUGGGAUGAGAACGAUUGUUGGGCCUGAGGUAUGUAGGCAGUCGUGGUGUCUCAAAAACUCCACUGGGUAUGCGAGAAAUGUGUUCAUGGCAGCAACCAUUCUCAAGUUUACACCUGCAUUUCUGCAGCCCCUUAUCUUUGUCCUCACCCCUUACAUAUAUCGAAUACAAUUUUAUCGCCACAGAUUCUUUAAAGCUAUCGCCCCAUACAUAAGACAGCGCAUUGAAUUGCACAAUUGUUACUCAGACCAUUCGCUCUCCCGGCCCAAGACCGAACAUGCGCAUACACUGGAUUGGCUGAUCCAUUACUCACCCCCUGAUGAGUUAACCCCCGAGAUCAUUGCCGAUCGUCUGAUGGGUGUGGCGUUUGGUGCUACUCACACAACGACAAAUCAUAUCACAAACUGCAUUUUCGAUCUUGCGGCUAAUUUUGAACAAUGGGCCCCACCGUUGCGUGAAGAAAUCGAACAGUUUAUAGGUUCAAAGAAAACAGGCAUAACGAGCGCGGAUCUUUCCAAUAUGUGGAAGCUUGAUAGCUUUAUGAAAGAGGUUCAGAGGUUGCACCCUCCAGGCAAACUGUCGGUAAACCGCACAGCCAUCAAGUCAUUCGAGCUUUCUACGGGUGAAAAAAUUCCAUCUGGUGUUCACAUUUCAUUCCCUGGGGCCUUCAUAUCCUUGGACGAUAGCCAAUUUAAAGACGCCAAGACGUUUGAUGCAUUUCGUUUCGAGCGGCUACGCAAAGACCCAAACACCAAUCAGCAUGGACUUCGAUUUACGUCUUCUUAUGCGGGGAGCCUGCAUUUCGGGCAUGGGCGUCAGAUAUGCCCUGGUCGUUUCUUGGGAAGCGCCUUGAGCAAGCUUUUAAUCAUUGAAAUCCUGCAACAUUAUGAUAUGAAGUUAGAGAAUGGCAAGGUGCGACCGGAAAGCGUUUUGAUUGGGGAUAUGAUCAUUCCAAAUACGAAUUACAAGGUUCUAUUCCGGAGCCGACAAUAGAAUGAACCAGGCAACUGUUUGUUUUGGGGAGUCUGUAGCCGCAUAUCACAAGCUUUGGCUAUUUUUGAAUUGGUAUGUCUAAUUGCAUAUAGUGACUCUGUCGGCACUGAAUACGUCAUUUGCAUCUGUCAAACGUAUUCGACAUUGUUUGCUGAAUAGGCAAGGUUAUUGGUUUCUCCCAAUGCUCCCACGCGACCUAACAAGUCUGAAGAAAAUUUAAGUGGUCGCGCGAACUCCGGCUACUGUAAUAUAUGUAAUAGAUGACAUGUUAUCGUAUUUGAUUAUAUCUGCUAUUGUUAAUGAGCCUCUGCAUUUUCAAGGUAGUCUGAUACACAGGAAAUAUGGGACUCAUCUCGCCAGUAGAUGUGUAUCGGUGCCAAGCUACACGCAUUCAGAAGAAACAACAUGUGCUCUCUUUAUCAACACUAGAAACUCCCCCCAAAAUGUAAUGCCUGUACUAGAUGGAUGGCAGAGCCUCCUCUCCUGAGUUAUCUAUGCAACUAGUGAUAGGUAAGAGUUUCAAAGGCGCUAUGUGCAGGAGCAGUUCGGCCCCCUUUUCCAUUAUUGAAUGAUAUCUAGAGAUAAAUUUUUCGAAAAUUGAUGUUGGGCCAUCUAUGACACGGAAUCGUGAGUAGAACACCUUUCAU